GUGGACUACCAUGGUGUUGUGUCCGACGGCGGCGCGGAUGUCGCGGCUCUAUAUCCUGAGCCUCCUCGGCCUCGUUGGCGUCGAUUUUGUGCGUGCGCAGACCUUGGGCGACGUGCCGUUCCGCACCGUCGAAGCGAUGUGGGAUUUCCACGAUGGAUUGGACAGCUGGGCGCGGUCGUCCACGGACACAAUGCAUGCAGAAAUAGAUCCCCGCGGUGGAUUCAUCCACGGGACUGUUUUGGCCGACGCAGCGUUCGUGGACUCGCCGCUCCUGGACAUCCGCAUUGAAGAUCGCCAUCACUUUGUAGUUCGAAUGGCAUAUGACGGCACAUGCACGCAAGCGGGGCUUCACCUCGAGCGGCGCCAGUCCCCGACGACGAAUCUCAAGGCUCCGUUCGUGAAUCCCGUCGUCGUUCGCUUCCCAGUCAUGUCGGAUGGGUCGCAGCACGUCUACUACACACCACUCUCGCCUUACAUCCACGGCGACAUAUCCCGCAUUCGGUUCUUCCCGUGCUUGUCUGGGGGUCGAAAGCAGGGCAAUACGUUCCACAUCAACUGGAUCAUGAUCGCCAAAGCGCCAACUGUGACCAAGGUCCGAGGCUGCAUUGAUCGGUACUUUCAACUGCCGCCGUCGCCAACCGCCGUGCCUUCGGCAAACAUCUCGCUGGUCACGACACUUACGAACGGGAUACACCCAGUGUAUAGCACGAUCUUUCGGUCCAUGGUCCUCCCUUUUGCGUCAACGUACAACUGCAUGGCGGGCGAUACGAUCACAAUUCAAGGCCGCAACUUUGGUGACUCGACGCUCGUCCGAAUCAACAAUGCACCGUGCCAGAACGACGCGUCUGUGCUAGCUUCAACUCCAGUCUUGGCCGCUGACACAGUAGACGAAGAAGUGGUCAUCUGCGUGCUUCCGGCUAAGAUGCCCCCAGGAUCGGCCGUCGUCACUGUGAUCAACGAAGGAUAUCGUGGGUUGAAGUUCGAUGGCUCGCUCGUAGCGUAUGCUGAGCCCGUCCGUCUGGUCGUAGCCCCAUCAGUGUCGAAUGUGAUGGCGCAUGCCGUCGACAUUACGUGGACUCCGCCCCUGGUCGACUGGUGGAUCUCUUUGACCAUCACGGGCUACAAUGUCGCUGUGCGCCGCCUCACCGACAACAUCACAACCACCAUCAUGCUCGGGAACGUCACCACAACGACACUGGUGGCGCUGGAGGCUCGCACUACGUACAGCGUAACAGUGGCCGCUGUCGUCGAGUCGCAGAACACACCCGAGUGGCAGAAUGUCGACAUGUAUGGCCAGCGCGCGCCUCUCCCAACAGCGAUCAUCGGCCUGCCUUCCCCUGCUCUGCUCUUCUCGACGCUGGCCACCGACUUUGAGUUUGCGACGUUUUCGGCGGAAAAGACUUUGAACCGUAGUGUUGCCACGUCAUCGGCAGCCACACUUGGGCCGACAGGGGACGUUGGAGGCCAAGGGGCUGCCGGGCUCACUCUUGUCGGCAGUGCUCACGUGGAGCACUGCAACGCGACCAGUGCGUGCUGCGACCUCGCCUCGACCGGCCAAAUGUGCAUGUUUACGUGCCGGGGAACUCCAAGCGCGCCUCAGCAACCUCCGGGAAGUGCCAAACCUGCAGCGCUGCUGACAGUCGUGACCAACGUCACGGGGGCAGCAUCUUCGCCGGCCAUGCGGUCAUGUGGCCCUGCAUUGCAAUUGACGGGGUCGGCGCCGUUUUUGACCGGGGCAGCAUGGUAUCCGCGGCCCCAAAACGUCCGCGAAGGAUUCACGACGACCUUUCAGUUCCGCCUGUCGAAUCCGUCCGUCCACUGCAAAUUCAUGGACGAUGUGUCGACGCACUGUCGAGCGCGCGGGGGCGACGGGUUUGCGUUUGUCAUUCAAAACCAAGACGGCACUGCAAUAGGACGAGGCGGAGCCGACGUCGGGUACGGCGGGAUCCGGAAUGCCGUCGCGAUCGAGUUCGAUACGUGGUACAAUCCAGACGUUGUCGACGUGUACGAGAACCACGUGAGCAUUCACACGCGCGGCCGGAUGCAACCCAACUCGGCGCAUCACGCGUACUCGGUUGGGUCGACAUCUCAAGUCGUCGACCUGUCGGACGGAGUGCACACAGUCACGAUUCGAUACGACCCCGUUCUCGACGACGACAUGCCGUUCGCCCCGCAUUUCCAAGCGUCGGCGUAUGUGUCCGAGUUCUUUGCGGCCCAAGGUGGCAGUAGUCGACCAUGGUGGGGAACCGCUGGCGUCGGGUGCCUCCAAGUGACGAUUGACGAUCGGACGGUCGUGAGCGUCCCGAUGCAUUUGGACAACACACUCGACCUGACCGGCGGCCGAGCGUUCGUCGGGUUCACGGCGGCCACGAGCGAGACGGCGUGGCAAGUGCAUGACAUCCUGUCGUGGCGGUGGAGGUCGACCCGGGUCGUUCCACCCGUCGCUGCUGCAUACACGGAUGUUUGACGAAUCUGAAUGGUUGCACAUCCCGCGGCGGCGUGACGUGGCCCCUGCCCGCAGCACUGGUCGACAACAUAAUUGCAUGAUUCACGUUCUUCUACUGACUUAGUUGUUUCUGGGCUCUUAAUGCGCGAUGCCUGCCGCGUCCAGCUUGGCUUCCAACGCCGCGACCUUGGCUUCAAGCGCUUGGAUGUGGGCGUUGGCAGAGUUCAAUUGUUGCUGCAAGUCACUUGGCGCUGCGGAAACGGGUGCGGCGGGGGGAGCCACAGGGGCAGCAGCGGUUCGGUUGACGCGAGCAGGUCGCGCCGUCACGGGUGCGGCGGUGCCGGUCUUGCCACGCGACGUGAUUUCACCGAAGUUGCGAGGGUUUAGUGACGACAGGACAGGAGUCUUCUCCGAACCGGCGAGCCAUUCGUCGGCCGUGUGCGAUGGCACACCAGCGAAGGUGUCCGGGAAGAUGUCGUCUUGGAACGCGUCCGACUUGCGAGGCACAUAGACAUGGAGCGGCUCGACGGCAUUGGUCGUGAGCUUGAGAAGGCGCGCCGUUUCGCACGACAUGAUGUCGCAAGCGCGCUUGGGGACAAAGGCCAUCCCGCGAGCAGCUGUCGUCGAGCGGUACUCGGUGAGCGGGUACGCAUAUGGCUCCGAGUCGUUCAUUUCGUAGUAUCGGAUGUUACCGUCGCCCUUGCCGCACAAGUAGAGCAAGUUGGUGUCGGAGUCGUAGAACGGCAUGAUGACACCGGCAGCUUGAUCAAUGUCGACCUUGUGCAGUUCCUUGUCGAGCUUUCGGGGAUCCCAUACCUUCAUGCGGCGCUGGGACUGACGGGAGAACCCGAGCGUGACGAACAAGUUCUUUUCGCCCAGGAAGGACAGCUUGACACUCUUGCUGCCUUCGUGCGCUUGGACAGACCCGGACAACCCACCAGACCGCGCAUCGUACAUGCGCACGAGCUUGUCCUUGCUGGACGUGAUGAGGGUGGACCCAGUGUAGUUCCAUGCCAAAUCUUGCAGCAGGUUUUCUGUGUUGUGCUCCAUGUUCACAAUUUCACUGCCCUUCUCGAUAUCCCACAAUCGGACUGUGUAAUCGGCAGAAGUGGACGCCAGCACGUUUGCGGCGGUGGGGUGGAAUCCCAACAGUGUAACUUUGCGGCCGUGGCCGGUCAAGUCAACGAGGGGUUCGGUCAUGGUUUCAGACAACCCGCCUUCGGGAAUACCCCACACCUUGAUGGUCGUGUCGUCGGACGCCGACGCAAUCAAAUGUUCAUGGAACGGGUUGAAAUCAAAGUCCAUGAUCGCGCCACGGUGACCGCCCACAAGGGGAAAGUCCGAGUCGAAUUUCCCCACCUUGUCAUACGGGACAACUGCAAACGCGCCACCCCCCGCUUGGAUCGCAACGGCAAAGAAUUUGGUGUUCGCUUUGAUGUAGUUCUGUUCCCCUGUAGCAGUCGCCAAGCGCAAGUUUGUGUAGCACUUCUCGAUCUUUGCAGGCUCGAUAUACACAUGGCGGUACUUGGACGAGCGGACGAAUUGACUUGCCAUGAUGGCCACCGCACGACGAAAUCGAAUGUGAA